GUGCCGGAACCUUAACACAAAGUCGCCGGUAGUUAUAAUCAAUAGCCUUCAUCUCAAACACCUCCUGCAUCGGACCGAGGGAGGAUCCUUGUUAGCUGUGCGGCAAUUAUCCAAGUGGCACGUUACCACGGCUCAUAAACAAGGGUUCAUUGCCCCUUCCGAUAUAGCAAGACGAUAGUGGCGGAGAGCAUAUCGAUCAAAGAACAACAACCGCAUCACCUCACAGGUACCACCACUACCGUCUCUAUCUUCUCUGCGUCUCGAGCUGUGUUUGAAAUCCUGAAAAGCAGCGUUAUAUUGCUCGUUUUACCGCAGUGCGUUAGAUACUACAUUAUUAUCGACAAUGUUUAGCUCUAAAAAACCAUACUCCUCGGUUACGGUCGCCAUCGAGCGCCUCACAAGUGAGCAGUUCGAGGAGGAUGACCUGAGCGGGAUCCCGGAUCUGGUUGAAGCAAUUGGGCUGCAAGCAACAGGACCUGCGGAAGCCGCGCGAGCCAUCCGGAAGAAACUAAAGUAUGGCAACGUCCAUCGCCAACUCCGAGCACUUACCAUCCUUGAUGGCCUCAUGCAAAAUGCAGGGUCCCGGUUUCAGCGAGCGUUUGUCGACGAACCUCUCCUUGAGAGAUUAAGAGUUUGUGCGACCUCGCCCAUGUCAGAGAAAGAAGUACGGGCUAGAUGCCAGGUUUUAUUCGCUGGUUGGGGGCAGACUUAUAAGAGCACGCCCGGACUGGAACGGAUUGCUCGCCUUAACAAGGAACUUCCAAAACGGAAACAGGUAGUCACUCAAGAUAGAUCCAAAGUGCUAAAGGAAACUGAGCGGGACCCAUUCGAAGAUGAAGAGGAUGAAGAGGCUCAGCAAGCUGCCAGCCGUUCCACAGCUCCUUCACCGACUCCCGGAGCGGCACCCAAGAGCCAUAAAUCCAAGCCAAGCAGCUCUGGUAUCAGCAGCAGCCUAUUUGGAUCAACAACACCAACAAAGCCGAAGAAGUCGAAGAAGGGGUCGAAGAGCAAGAGCGGACCUUUUAACCUCGAGGCAGAGAAAGCCAACAUGAAAACCAACAUUGCUGAGUCCUCAGUUGCUUCUAUCAACCUCCUCAACGCCUUGCAGAGGAUUAAUCGAGAGGAGGAACGUGUCUCGGAGAACCAAGCUUGCGUUGCUCAAUUUGAGCGCUGCAAGUUACUCCGAAGGCACAUUCUUCGCUAUAUUCAAAAUAUCGAAGCCGAAGAAUGGCUUGGAGCUCUCAUCCAAGCCAACGACCAACUCGUCACCGCGCUCAUGACAUUUGAGCAGCUGGAUAGCUCCAUCGAUGCAGACAGUGACUCCGAUGACGAACUCGCUGAGCAAGCACAUGCGUACCGAAUGCUCCAAGAAAAGGGGAAAGCUGUCGACGGGGCAGCCGCGGAACUUGCUGGUUUAAAACUUAGCCUAGCUUCCGCAGCCCCUGCACCUGUGGCACCCCCUCGCCCUGCCGCACCACCAGUUGUGGAUAACUAUGAUUCCGUUGAGGAAGAAGACGAUGAUAACCCUUUCGGAGAUGCAAAUGCAUUGGAGAGUCCUGCUCUCGAGAGAGAUGAGCCGAAGUGGAGGUCAGUGUAGUUGGUGGAUUCUUUUAAUGCUGGUAGAGCGGAGGAUGAUGUUAUUUGUGGUGCGGAUACCAUCGUUCUUGAUGCGUGACAAUUCGUUUGGCAUGGGUCGAUAUCUGAUGGUAACAGCGGAUUGUUAUUAGCGUAACAUAGAGCUUGAACCUGGCAAUUAUGCCGAAUACAUGUUUAUCUUUUGGUU